UAGUGUGGAGUAUCUCACUAUAAAUAAUCAACCAGCCUCUUUCUUCUCUCUCUUCGUCCUCCUCACUUCCUGGCGCUACUUUCUUUCAACUUUCGAUUCUUUCUCUCGAUUCUCGCAUCGUGAAAGAGAAAAAGAAAGAAAGACAGAUUCAAACCUUCACCUUCGCCUCCGCACUCACCUUCACUUGAGAUGUUUUCCAUCAAACAGAUUUUUCCGAUACACUACGAAGGACAAGUCUCACGUCGCCUUCUACAAGCUUCUCAUUCCGGUGAUCUGUCCUUAGCUUCCGAUUGUAUUUCCGAUCCCUCUCUUGACGUCAACUUCGCAGGCGCCGUUACUUUGAAGACUAGAAGCACCGAGUUACUUCUGAUCCACGAAUCAUCCAGUCAGGUCAGCUUCGGGAUUAAGGAAUUCGUCUCUGACGUCACGCCUCUUUUCCUCGCGGUUCAUGCCGGAAAUGCCUCACUCGUCCGAAAGUUACUGAGUGUGGGAGCUGAUGUAAAUCAAAAGCUCUUUAGAGGUUUUGCAACUACUGCUGCAGUGAGGGAGGGCCACCUUGAUAUUCUUGAGACCUUAAUUAAAUCAGGGGCAUCACAACCAGCUUGUGAAGAGGCUCUUCUAGAGGCAAGCUGCCAUGGACAAGAAGGAUGUGCGGAAUUGCUCAUGAGCUCUGAUUUGGUCCGACCUCAUAUUGCUGUACAUGCACUUGUGGCCGCAUGCUGUCGGGGGUUUGUCGAUGUGGUUAAGACACUCAUAAAGUGUGGUGUGGAUGCAAGUGCUACGGACCGGGUGCUUUUACAGUCACUUAAGCCUUCUCUCCACACAAAUGUAGAUUGUAAUGCGCUAGUUGCAGCUGUAGUUCAUAGGCAGAUCCAUGUUGUCAGUUUGCUCCUUCAGAAUGGUGCUACGACAGAGUUUGAAGUGAGGCUUGGAGCAUGGUCAUGGGACAUUUCAACUGGUGAAGAACUCCGUGUGGGUGCUGGACUGGGAGAACCAUAUGGUAUCACCUGGUGCGCAGUUGAGUAUUUUGAAAAUAGUGGUGCUAUAUUAAACUUACUCUUGCAAUAUGUUUCCUCAAAUAGUUAUCACCAUAGAAGAACCGUUCUACACCAUGCUAUCCUCUGUGGCAAUGUCGAGGCUGUUAGGAUACUCUUAGAAUGUGGUGUCAAUGUGGAAUCCCCAGUCAAAACAACCAGCAAGACCAAGUUCCUUCCUAUACACAUGGCAUGUCGUCUAGGCUUACCAGCCAUAAUUCAUUGCCUUAUUGAUUUUGGUUGUGACUUGAAUUCUUUAACAGAUUCUGGUGACACAGCUCUGAUGAUUUGUGCAAAAUAUAAGCAAGAGGAGUGUCUUAAAGUACUGACAAGGGCUGGUGCUGAUUUUGGCUUGGAGAAUAUUGCAUGUCAAUCUGCAAGUUCACUUGCCGAGUUGUACAACUGGUCACAUGAUUUUCAACAAGCAGUGUUGAGUGUGAUUAAAAACGGCAAGAUACCCAAAUCCAGCAAUACUUCCACCUUUUCCCCUUUGAUUUUUGUAUCUAAGGCAGGAGAUACUGAAGCAUUGAAAACUGUCAUCGAAUCUGGAGAAUUUGAUCUUGACUAUCAAGAUUAUAGUGGUUUCUCAGCGGUUAUGCAUACAGCCGUGAAAGGUCACGUUGAAUCAUUUCAAUUGCUUGUAUAUGCUGGAGCCGAUGUAAAGUUGUGCAAUAAAUCUGGUGAAACAACAAUAAUGCUAUCUGAAUUGAAUAAUAAGAGUGAUUUAUUUGAAAAGAUCAUGCUUGAAUUCGCACUCGAAAAGGGUAAUAGAAAUGCUGGUGGCUUCUAUGCUCUACACUAUGCAGCUCGUCGUGGGGAUUUGGAUGCGGUUUCAUUGUUGACCAACAAAGGCUUUGAUGUCAAUGUUCUAGAUGGAGAAGACUACACGCCACUUAUGUUAGCAGCAAGGGAAGGCCAUGCAUCCAUUUGUAAGCUUUUAAUUUCAUAUGGGGCUCAUUAUAAUGCUAAAAAUACAAGAGGCGAAACUGCACUUUUACAUGCAAGGAAAUUCGGUGGAGGUAAAAACGAUGCUGAGGGUGUUAUACUAGAUGAGUUUGCUCGUAAAUGGGUAUUAGAUGGUGCCUACGUUCAAAAACACACAAAAUGUGGUAAGGGCACCCCACAUGUAAAACAAUUAAGUAUGUUGGGUUCAUCAGGCGUUCUUUGUUGGGGUAAGUCAAGCAGGAGAAAUGUGGUGUGCUGUGAGGCAGAGUUAGGGCCAAGCUCCAUUUUGUGUAGAAAUAGGUACAACAAAGGUGAUGCAGAAGUACCUGGAAUGUUUAGGGUGCUUACUAAUAAGAACAGGGAAGUGCAUUUUGUCUGUGAGGGAGGGUUUGAAGCUGCUGAGCUUUGGGUGAGGGGUAUUAAACUUGUAACCAGAGAGGCUAUUUUUCAUAAGCAGAGAGACAUAUAAGUUGUAGCAUCAAUAUUUAUAGUAGGAUGUAUAUAGAUGUUUCCUGCUAGAGGCAAUACUUCAUUUCGAAGUAUUUUUAGUCACGUUUUGUAUUGUAAAGAUUUUGAUUAGUUUUUGGUACGUCAAAGAGCUGAAACACGAAAUUACAGUAGCAUUUUUUUGUUAUUACAUCGGUUUGUCUCAUCGGGAUGCGCUUGCGGUGUUGGACGACAACAUCGUUGACAGGAAGUUGAUGUUUUUUUUUUAACUCUGUUGAUAUCUGUUGUUGGCUAAACUUGAGUUUCACUAUGAGAUUUUGAUAACAAAUAAAUGCAGCAAUUUUCCAGUGAAAGCUAAUCAAAUAAGUAGCAGUUGUUUUUGUGUGAUUGAAAAUAUUGUACUAUUUGUUUCACUAGGAAAUAAAUGAGAGUGAUGUUUUGGAAAA